AGUUGUUUUUGUUGUGUUUCUGUUCUUGUCUCGACUGCUUCAGCUAGUCCGCAACGAGGUCAACUCGCUCCAUCAUUUUUCUGUCUCUCCGGUGCGAGCCACGUAACACCUGUGCGUUUCACGUAGUUUUUUUUUUGCCGAACUUCAAGAAACUGCCUCAGUAUCUGUUGUAGUACUGUGUGCGGUUCCCCAACGCGUACAAACCCCUCAAAUUCAAAAACGGAGAGCAUACAAUGUUGAAGGAGUGGCUGCGCGGCUCGUCCAGCGAGGCGGAGAAGCCGGCCGAGGAGAAGAAGCCGGCGGGCCGUAUGGUGGUGGACGCCGAGAGGCCGCUGGAGACGCACGAGAACUCACUCAGCAAACGCCGCGAGGCCUUUGAGAAGAAGUUAGCGGAGUCGGCUCGCGAAGGUCCGCCACACCCCAACAAGACGCUGGCCUAUGAUACCAUCUUUCGCAAGCCGCAGAGCCUGUUGCUGGAGGGUAACAACAACGAGGUGCAGGAGGGCAUCACGGUCAACGUCGCCCGCAAUGCGCAGAACACGAUGGUCUCGACGAAGUGGUCCUUGGUGAACCCGCAAAUGUCGAACUGGGAGGUCAACUUGCAGAUGAACGGCUUCGCGGACAUCAUCGCGGCUUCGUGGAACACGCUGAACCGCUAUCAGCUGACCUACCAACGCGUGUCUAGCGUGGGGGCGAUGCUGGUGACGCAGUUCAUGGCGCAGAAGCAAGGCGGCAUGACGCAAGGCACCGUGUUUGCCAUGCUGCAGUACCCCUGGCGCUGUGGUGGCUGCACGCAGGUGCAGUACGUGAAGGAUCAGUCCUUCAGCAUGAGCCACACCCAGCGCCUGAUCCGUGGCGUGCACAUCGGCACGAACCUCACCGUGGAGCCGCAAACGCACGGCUCGUACCUGUCACACGCCAUCUCCCUCACAACCCCAAAGAAGGACGCCGGCUUCAUGGCGGAAUGCACGCCGAGCAAGGGCACCUGGAAGGUCGCUGCGACCGCCUUUGACUGGGCCAUGAACAUGGACGCCGCAAUUGAGCUGGAGUACAAGGAGAGCCGCGAGGGUAUGCGCAGCGCGCUCAACGUGGGCUGCCGUAAAGGCUUUGUGGGCGGGGCGGAGCUGACCUCCUCGCUUCUCGGGUUUAACAUGGCGAAGGUGAAUUUGGAGCUGCCCUUUGGCGGUGAGACGCAGGGAGCAAAUCAGUUCCGCCUGGGCUUCAAUUGCCAGUACGACAUCCACGCUGGUGCCUUGAAGCAGGGACUCGUCUUCACAGCUUGA